UCCCCCCCAUUUCCACUCUCUAAGCAUCCGAAGCAAAUUUCAAAGUAUUCCAAACUCGCCCCUUUAAAAAAUCAUUUUCCCAAUUUCCAACCCCAUAAUUCUCUGCCACCCCAGCGACUGUGAGCUCCAGCAUCCAUGGAUACCAGAAUCGGAUCGAUCGACACGUGCAAGCCGGCGUGUGGUGACGUCAUCUGCCCACAGAACGGCGCCGUUUCCACCAUCCAGAGCUCCUUCCCCGCCUCCGACGCCGCCUCCGACGCGACACUCGGUCGCCACGUGGCGCGACGGUUGGUCCAGGUCGGCGUCACCGAUGUCUUCUCCGUCCCCGGAGACUUCAACCUCACGCUGCUCGACCACUUGAUCGCGGAGCCUGAGCUCAACCUCAUCGGUUGCUGCAACGAGCUCAACGCCGGCUACGCCGCUGAUGGCUACGCGAGGUCGCGUGGCGUCGGAGCCUGCGUGGUGACCUUCACCGUCGGCGGACUUAGCGUUCUCAACGCGAUCGCCGGCGCGUACAGUGAGAAUCUACCGGUGAUCUGUAUCGUUGGAGGCCCCAACUCGAACGAUUACGGCACCAACAGGAUUCUUCAUCACACCAUUGGUCUGCCUGAUUUCAGCCAAGAGCUCAGAUGCUUCCAGACUGUGACUUGCUAUCAGGCGGUGGUGACGAACUUGGAGGACGCACACGAACAGAUCGACACGGCGAUAUCGACGGCACUGAAAGAGAGCAAGCCUGUCUACAUCAGCAUCGGCUGUAACUUGGCCGCCAUUCCUCACCCCACUUUCAGCCGCGAUCCCGUCCCCUUCUCCCUCGCCCCCAAAUUGAGUAACAAGAUGGGUCUCGAGGCUGCGGUGGAUGCAACCCUUGGGUUCCUGAACAAAGCGGUGAAACCCGUCAUGGUCGGUGGCCCCAAGCUGCGUGUGGCUAAGGCCACCGACGCCUUCGUCGAGCUCGCCGACGCAUCGGGUUAUGCUAUGGCCGUGAUGCCCUCCGCGAAGGGACUUGUCCCGGAGCACCACCCUCACUUCAUUGGGACCUACUGGGGAGCGGUCAGCACGCCGUUCUGCUCCGAGAUCGUAGAAUCUGCGGACGCAUACAUAUUCGCUGGCCCGAUCUUCAACGACUACAGUUCGGUCGGAUACUCUCUCCUCCUCAAAAAGGAGAAGGCGAUUAUCGUACAGCCAGACCGUGUCACGGUAGCAAACGGGCCCACGUUUGGGUGCGUCCUGAUGAGCGAUUUCCUGAGGGAGCUGGGCAAGCGGCUGAAGAGGAACGCGACAGCGCAUGAGAAUUACAGUAGGAUAUUUGUGCCUGAAGGGAAGCCAUUGAAGAGCCAGCCGCAAGAGCCUUUGAGAGUUAACACGAUGUUCCAACACAUUCAGAAGAUGUUGUCCAGUGAGACCGCUGUGAUAGCUGAGACAGGAGAUUCUUGGUUCAAUUGCCAGAAGCUGAAACUACCCAAGGGAUGCGGGUACGAGUUCCAGAUGCAAUACGGGUCGAUCGGAUGGUCUGUGGGUGCAACUCUCGGAUAUGCUCAGGCUUCACCGGAGAAGAGAGUUCUUGCUUUCAUAGGAGAUGGGAGUUUCCAGGUGACGGCUCAGGACAUAUCGACGAUGAUCCGAAACGGGCAGAAGAGCAUCAUUUUCCUUAUAAACAACGGUGGCUACACCAUCGAAGUCGAGAUUCACGACGGCCCUUACAACGUAAUCAAGAACUGGAACUACACUGGUCUCGUGGACGCCAUCCACAACGGCCAAGGCAAAUGCUGGACCACCAAGGUAAGAUGCGAAGAAGAGCUGGAAGAGGCGAUAGAGACAGCGACAGGGGCAAAGAAGGAUUGCUUGUGUUUCAUAGAAGUGAUAGUUCACAAGGACGACACAAGCAAAGAGCUGCUCGAGUGGGGCUCUCGUGUCUCCGCCGCCAACAGCCGCCCCCCUAAUCCUCAGUAGAACCGCCAUUCCUGCCCUUCCCAUUAUCAAAUAACAGAGAAAACAAUAUCUAAACAGAGUUUCUGCUUCCGUUUUCAUCCUUGUUCUUCUCUCGUGCUUUACCUAUCUGUCAUAUUGAUGUGAGUUCUGGAUUGGCUACCAGAUCUUUGUUCUUCUCUUGACCUUUAGCUUUAUCUAUCAUAUUGAUGUUAUCA